GGUUGUGCGGCGCGCGCGAACCUGCGCCGGAGAUGGCAAAUUCCAGCUAGAAGGAAAUCAAACUGGAAUGGGGAAAUAAAAAUAGUUUUGUGUGUUGACAGAGUAGGGACAAAAAAACCCUAAAGCGAUCGAUCUUUUGAACAAAGAUUCGGAGAACGUUGUCAGGUGAUAGUCGAUGAAAGUUUUUGUUUCCUUUGUCAGCGGAGUGGGUGAAGAGAGAACUCUGCUGUGCCAAGCCGUCUGUAGUCACCAGCUGCUCCAUGCGUGGCAGAGUCCGCUUGUCUGACACCCACUUCUGGAUCCCCGGAGCUAGAGUGGAAUCCUGUCAUCUUCAAUCGCCCCAGCAGAUAAGUUUUGUGCAAAUUUUUCGAAGUCGCCUUUGGAUGCUAUACAUGGCGAUUCAAAGCUGUUAAGCAUCGGCCACAGAAGGCAAGUCAGUUAUGGCUGAUGUUCUACCCAAUGGAAUAUUGGAAAUAUGUGUCAUUGUGGGGGCAUCUAAUGAAAACCUGAAAGAAGUUUGCCAGGCAAUCAGUAAAGAUAGUACUCGAUCACAUCACUAUCUUACACCAGAGGUUCGAUCUGUUCAUGUUCCUCCAUUUGUUACUAAAGAGGACAAUCGGUCUAGUCAUUUUGAAGGGCAUUUUACAAGAUCUUCAAGACGCCAUUCAUUUAGAAAGAGAAAGGAAUUCAAGCACACAAAUCCUGCCACAAGCAAAGCAAAUGCAGGUCACAAAGAGCCACAGAGUGAGGAAUUUAGCAUUCCAAAUGAGGUAGAUCUCCAAGGACUACCUCAGCUGUGUUUCCCAGGAGGACUGCAAAUAGAAACUGAAGCAAAGGAGGACCACUAUCAUUUCUUGGUGUUCACAGAUGUUUUUGGAACAAGGACCUAUGGUGUGGUAGUGCAAUUCUACAGGCAUAUUCAGGAAGAAAAUAGUUUCCAAUAUGGACUAGCAAAUUUGAAUAUGCACAAACCAAAGUUACCCAAUUUCUAUGCUCCCUUCAGUGUCUGUGUAAUAUCCAAAUUCCCUUAUUAUACAGCCUUUAAGGAUUGCCUUUCCAGUCUGAUGGUGCAUAUGAAAUCAUGUCAAGAGCUGGAUUUUGAUCAUAGAGUGAGACAAUUUGCAGCAAAAUUAGCUUUGGUGCCCAGUCCACCACCUGGAAUGCUCCAUUUGGUAUUUAACAUGAAUCCUCUGAUGGUUGUGUUGCCUUCAAGGGAAGGUCCUCAUUAUCCAGUAGCAGAUCUAGAUCUUCAUAUCCCUUUUCUUUGCUUCAAGCCAAAAUGUAUCCUGCAGCCUUGCUCGACACCUCAACGGGAGAGAAGCAAAGAAGUCGAUCAUGGACUUGUGUCCAUUUCCAGGCUGUCAGGCCUCCUGGUUGCAGUCUCCACUCCAAAUCUCAUCAGCUCCCUUGGAGACAGCAGAGCACCAGAUUGCUCAAUCGACCCAAAAACACACCACCAAAAUAUCCUGACAUGUAUUUUAAUUGAGCAGAGGUUAGUCUUUCUUUCAGCUGAUUGGGCUUUGCUGACACUUGUCGCAGAAUGUUUUCUUCUUUAUCUUCAUCCACUUCAAUGGCAACACACCUAUGUUCCUAUCCUGUCCAAAGGAAUGAUGGAUUUUUUGAUGGCGCCAACAGCUUUUCUCAUGGGUUGCCACAUUGAUUAUUUUAAAGAAGUGAAGUCUGAAAUAGAAGGCUUAAUAUUGGUGAACAUUGAUGAAGGAGCAAUUAAAUUCUCAAACUUGGCAGGUACUGAACCACAUAUACCUGAAAUUCCAACACAAGCUGCAGAAUGGUUUUUACGAAGGAUUGAAAGUCUACAGUUGCAUUAUGAUUUGGAACUAUCUCACUUGGGCUCCUCCACAGAUAUUUCAGAUUUACGACUGCACAGAAGGAACUGGCAGGACAGUCUAAACUCAAAGAUUCAGGAGUUAUUCUUGGAGCUGGUUGUUAACAUGUUCAGGGAUGUAUCAGGCUAUUUAAAUUAUGAAUAUCGUGUUUUUAAUAGUGAAGAAUUUUUGAAGACCAGAACAGCUUCUGAUCAGCCCUUUUACAAAAAGGUACUGGAAACCUAUAUAUUCCAUUCAUUUCUUAAAGCUCGUUUGAAUAGAAAGAUGGAUGCCUUCAGCCAAAUGGAACUUCGCACCUGCCCUGAAAGUGACAGAAUGAAGAUGCGGGAUAAUCCUCGAAGGCCCACAAUGGAACAGAUGGCUGUGAGAAAGGAAUUUAAUAUUGAUCAGUUGAUGACUAAGCGAUUCGCUGCAAGCAUGCCAAAUCUACCAGUUGAUAUAUGGCAGGAUUUUCCAGCUGAGGAUCUGUCUCUAAGCAAGAACAAGCCUGAAAAUGCAAUGAAGAAAAGCACAAAAUCCGUAACAACUUUCAAGCUGCCAGAGUUUAGGUCCUCACUUCAUUAUUCCAGUAUAGUUGUAUGGUAUACAGAUUUCAUCAACCUACUGAGCAGAGCCAUAAAUACCACAGGACCAGAAAGAUCAAGUCUGUUGGCAAGAUAUUACUAUCUCCGUGGGUUGGCUUUUUUGAUGCAAGAAAAAUAUCUUGAAGCGCUGUCAGAUUUCCAGAAACUUUACAAGACCGACCUUGACAUUUUCCCAAAAGAAAUUGUAAAGAAAGUGAUAGGCAUGAUGCCUCCAGAUCAACAUAGUCAAGCAGGUCAGAAACUAGAAUUAAAAUGGCUUAUUAGUGUAAUGCCAGAAAAAGAACAAGAAAUAACAGUAUCUGAUGAACACAUCAAAACCUUCGAACUGCCGAAAACACAUAUGCACCAAGAAGAUUUUGUGAAAAGGAUCCAGGAAUCUGGAAUUGUGAAGGAUGUUGAUACCAUUCUUCGGCUGUUUGAUGCCCUGACUAUAGUCAAAUCUGAAACGAGCAAACUUAAAAAUCGCAACAUGCCAUCCGAUCCAAUGUCAACAGUUAAAGUGGUUUCAAGAUCAGUGUUUUAUGUAUCGUCUGGGACUGGACAUUUGAAACAGAUUGAUCCUGAGACAUUUAAAGACUUCUACAACUUUUGGAAAGAGUCAGAAGCUGAGGCUCAUGAAGUUAAUCUUCCUUUGGAAGUGAUAGAGUAUCUGGAUGAAAAUGAGAGUGUCUUUAAAUUGUCAUCAUCUGUGAAGACCAACUAUGGUGUGGGAAAAAUUGCAUUAACACAGAAACGGCUUUUUCUUCUUAAAGAGGGCAGACCUGGCUAUGUUGAAAUCACCAAGUUUAGAGAUAUACUGGAAGUUGAAAAUAUAUCAGUGCUGUUUUUUCCACUUCGAAUCCCUGCUCUGAAAGUUAAAACUCAACUGAAAGAGCCAUUUGUUGCGAACUUGAAGACUGAACGUGAUCUUUGGCAACUGAUUGUGAAAGAGAUGUGGGCUGGGAGCACAAUGGCAAAUAAGCACAAGGAUCCGCAGUACAUUCAACAAGCAUUGACAAAUGUUUUGCUGAUGGAUGCUGUGGUUGGAUGCUCACAAUCACGAGCCAUUUAUGCUGCAUCUAAGUUGGCUUAUUUUGACCAGAUGAGAAAUUUGGUGAUUCCGAAAACAACUUCGGAGACUUUAAAACAAAAGAUAAACCCUUCUGCUGGUCAGACUAGUCCUCAAGCUGUGAAUGCACUCUUGUAUACAUCAGGUAAUCUGAUUCACCCAGAAAAGAAUGACAAUGUAAAUCCAAAGUUAUGGUGUGCAUUAAGUGAAGGAAAAGUAGUCCUCUUUGAUGCCUCAUCUUGGUGCAUUCAGCAACAUUGCAUUCAAGUGGGCAACUCAAAACUGAACUGUAUGUUGGGAGUGGAAUUUGGCCAAGUCUGGAUAGGUUCACAAGAUUCCUCUAUUUACAUUAUAAAUACUCUCAGUAUGUCCUGCAACAAACAGCUGACUGAACAUUGCAUCGAUGUCACUGACAUGGUCCUGGAGGAUCAGGGCUCAAAUUUCAGUCAGAAACGGGUGUAUUCCUGCAGUCUCGAUGGAAGUGUCAUUUGCUGGGAUGUGAGCACUUUGGAGAUAAAGACUAAUUUUCAGUUGCCCAACUGCCACAGACUAACUGCCAUUAAACUCCAUAAUCAUAUGCUCUGGUGCUGUGUAGGAGACGCACUGCUGGAAGUGAAAAAGACCGGGCAAGUUUUCCGAAAAGUGGUACUAGAAAAUCCAAAAGGAAGUCGCACCUUUUUCAGCUGUUUUCUUGUCUUUCCUGAGAAAAAUCAACUCGUGGCUGGAUGUGCUGAUAAAGGAGAAGUUUAUUUUUGGGAUAUGGAAAAUCUGUUAAAACCCUGGCAAAAGAUUCAGCUUCAAGAUUGUAGCAGUGUUAAUUGCAUGAUAUUUGUUAAAAAGCAGAUCUGGAUUGGAAGCAAAGGAUUGGACAAAGUCAAAGGGAAAAUAUAUGUGAUAGAUGCAGACAAAUACUGUGUGGAGAAAGAACUGGUGGCUCACGUGGACAUGGUUCGAGCAUUGUGCUCUGCUGAAAACAGAUAUGUUCUGAGUGGAGCCGGCAGGGAAGAUGGGAAGAUUGCUAUUUGGAAAGUAGAAUAGCUGUGUACUUUUUACCCUAAUAAUAUGCUGGUAAAUGUAUUACUCCAAGAAUACUAUCAAAAUGAGGAAUAAGAUGACACUUCUAUAUUUUUAUACAUAUGUGAAUUUUUGGUUCCUGAUGUUUGUAACAAUUUUCAUGUAAAAAAAAAUCAAGUAUUAUUUCUGGUGCAAAAUAUUGUACAUUUUGGAUAUCUUGAAGUAAAUACAAAAUGUUGAAAA